ACGGCGGCGACAUGUUUGUUCAAUCAAGGAGUGUAAGGCUGUUUUUAACAAGAACAUUCCAGCUGCAUGGGAUGAAGAAACUAGACAUGAUAUGGACACUACAAGAGAUAAUCCACUGAGACAUUCUCUUCUAACACACAUGGUUGUAACGGGUGGAACAAAAGUUACUAAAGCACUUGCUAAAAAACGUAUUUGCGAUUUAAAACCUGCUAAUUGUAACCCUUCUAACUGGAAUAUUGAUUCUUUUCUAGAUCUAAAUAAAGUCAAAAUAUUAAAUGAGCGUUUCGGAAGAGAGAAUGAAUGGGUAUACUUCCCGUUAGAUUCAAGCCAAAAACCAACACAAACAUCCUUUGAUAAAUGGGACAUAAAUCAGACAAUUUUUAUAUUAUUAUCUACAUGCGACCUGAAUAACGUUAUAAGAAUGUACGUAGAAGAUUUAAGAAAACUUAGAAACAAACUUGCUCAUAUGAGUUCACAGAAAAUCGAUGACACAAAAUUUGAAUAUCAAAAAACAAAGGUAGAAGUUGCACUUGGUCAUUGUCUUAAAGAAAUUGAAGAUGAACAACUUGCAGAGGAAAUUCAUGACAUGUUUCAGAAAAUAGAAAGAGGGACUAUUUUCCAAAAUGAAGAACAAGAAACUGAACCAGCGGCUAUGGGAGCUUCACUUGGAAAACGUGGUCACUUUGGAGAUGAGCCUACAGAGAGGAAAUUAGAAACUACUAUUGAAUUACUUGAACGGAUAGAACCUGUACUUGCAUCAAAAAGUCAAUCCCUUACAGUUCCAGAUGUUGGAAUAAGAAUUGUUGUCAAAAACUGUACUACAGAUAGGGACAAGGUCAUCUCACGAGAAAUGGUUAGCAUUUUUAACGACGUUAUUGAAACAAAGUAUGAUGAUUUCCAAGAGUUAUCAAAUGAGAUGCGACAUAAAAUGAGAGAAGCUGUUAUUGAUACAGUCUUGAUAUUUUUAAGCAACGGCAGACAAAUAUUCAACGUCCAUGAAAAUUGUGUCGUACUGAAUAUCCGAUGCGUUUCACUAGUUUCUUUGCUACUUCUUUUUCGAGACUACGUAAAAGGUAUUCUUGAUGAGAACAUCCAGUUACUUGAAACAGCAGUCAGAAGAUGUGACGGUUAUGAAAAUACUUCUCUCGAAGUAAUUAUCUUGAAAGAUGAAUUUUGGAGGAUCUUGACAACUAUUGCAGAAGAUUUGGAGAAAAAUGUCUCUAGAUAUGAAAUAAAAGAACACAAAAGUCACAAAGAGAAUGGAAAGUCACAAUCUGUUGCAUCUAUGGUUACCGUGCCUGAAUCAUUUCCUACAAAAAGAAAAGAUGAUAUGAAUGAAUACGUUAUGUCUGGAAGAUAUAAACAAGGACAUGAACAAGACGAAUCACCAGCAGACAAGUUUGAAACAGCUUCAAAAAAAGAUAGCCCUGGCGCUCCAGAGAAAAUUGAAAAGGCUGAAAUACCAGAAAAAUACGAAAUAGUGGAAAAGAGUGACUCUUUUUACAACCAGAGGCAAAUAAUUGGCAGUAUUGACUUUGGUACAUCAUAUACGGGAUGGGCGUGGUCAAAUAGCGUGGAAGAGGAUAAAAUGAACAUAAGUGAUUGGAAAUCGAAAGGUACGACAAAUAUGGAGUGCCACAAAGUUCCUUCAGCAGCACUGUUUGACAAAACUGGAAUCCUCAAAACAUUUGGAUUUGAAGCGGAAGAAAUGUACCAAGAUCUCAAAAGAAAGAAUAUUCACCAAGAGUGGUUCUUUUUUCAAAGCUUUAUGUAUCAAAUAAGGUUGAACAAGGACACAUUAGAGCAAACAAUUCAAACAGAGUUGACAGAGUCAGAAGGCAAAACAAUGCUAGCGUGUGAUGUAUUAGCUGCAGUCUUAAGAUAUCUAAAAGGAAUGAUGCUCGAAAAUAUACGUAAACGAAACAUUAACAUCAAAGAAGGGGAUGUUUAUUGGGUACUGACUGUGGUUGGUGAAAGAUGUAGUGAUGAAAAACUGUUAAUGGAACAAUCAGCAAUCCAGGCUGAACUAUCUAAAAUACAUGUAGUAGACGAAUCAGCAGCAACGAUGGCAUAUUUAACAUCACAGUUUGAUGAUUAUGAGGCAGACUCCAAUAAAAGACAACUUCAAAGCCCUUCCGGCAUUACUCAUAUUGUGAUUGAUAUUGGAGGUUUGCAUUCUCUUUAUACAUUGUACUUCUUUUAAUUGUUUCAAUGUUAUUGGGAAGAGUUUAUAAUAC